AUGUAUAAACCGCCACCGUCGCUUCAAACUCCUUGCCUGUACUAUUUUCGUCUGCCUUCCUCACCAUUGGCGAUACCAUCCCGAAGUUUCGCCAAGCUUGGAGCCACGUCGUCCAAGGUCUCCGUCAAGCUCAGGACUUUCAACUUGAUCACAAGCCCUCUCCCCUCGCCUCCCGGGGCUUUCCCACGCCCACGAGCUGCCUCGUUUCCCGAAAUAGCCAGCGUCGAGCCUGGCAGCGCUAGCAUGGCCAACGACGAAGAUUAUAUGGCGUUUCUCGACAAAGCAAACCAGGACCUUGACGACGGGAAAGCGCUUGCGGCGAAGCAGAAGGAGCAGAGCAGCGCCGCCUUCAAAGCUGUGGACGAAGGAUCUCAAGCUCCCAGGGUUAUCAGAGAUGCGUGCCAGGACGCGGUGUAUGUGACUGAUGCGGAUGAGCCAUUUGAGGAAGUGUCCCUGAAGUGGAGUGGCGAUGGAUUGCCCGAUGAAACCGAAUUCGCCAAGCUCAUUAAGCACUGGGACGCCGACAAGGCCGACGUUAGCAUUAUGGACCCGGUUGAUUGGGACUCGCAAGGCCAGUACACCAAGUUGAUCGAGGCCGUCAGAGAGGCAACCAAAGGCAAUGACGUGAGGGUCUAUAGCGUGGUGAGGGAUAAGACCAGGACAGAGUACUGGGUUGUGUCGAGGGAAGAGGGACGCAUCGUGGGUGUCAAGGCUCUGGGAGUGGAGAGCUAG